GGCGAUCGGCCUGACCACCGAGAGGCACGAAAGUGGAAGAAUGAGUAUAAAUCAGUCGAAGGAGUUGGCAGAUCCUCGGUUCACUUUCACGACCUAAAAAUUAUAGAUAGCUCUGUAGUAGGUGUAGGAUUAAAUAAUGCAACUUUUGAUAUGUCUGAAAAAUUGAAGAAAAGAAAACAAGAAGAUCAGGAAGAGAAUACUCGGAAAAACAUUAAGAUUGACGAUUUGUCUAUGUCCUAUGAGAAGCUGAUAAAAGAAAUUAACACUGCAAGAGAAAAUGAAAAGGCUUGCCUGACAGUGUAUGUAUUAACUAGGCUUUUAGCGUUUUUGAAUCCUUCAUUAAAUAUUAUUACAGUAUUAUAUAGCCCGUUGUGCUGGGGUAUUGUUGAUCUUAGAGCGAAAAAUAUCUCCCCAUGUCCUAAUCAUCCUCGUGCCGGAGAAUUUCUUUCGAAUGCUGAAGUCCAAAAACUCCAGCAAAUGUGUACCGAAAUUAUAAAUAAAGAAUCACAAUUGAAUCCAUCUGCUUUGACGUUGCUAGAAGUGCUUCAAUCAAAAACAUUCAGUCUUAAAAAAUUUAGUAGAGAAAAGCGGGCUCGAGGAAUUAAGGGUAUUUGUUCCCUGCUUCACAUUAAAAUCGAUAUAGUAGACAUAUAUGACAAAGAUACACAAUAUAUUGGAGAGUGUUUGGAUGCCUUGUAA